AUGGCGUCCUCGUCCAUGAUCACCUUCGCAGCCGCCUUGUGCCUUGUGGCCGCUUCCGCCGUCGCCGUGCCGCCGGCCACCCUCCAGGAGACGUGCCAGAGCGCCGGCGAGCAGGAGGCGCUGUGCGUGCAGCUGCUGUCGUCGAGCCCGGCGGCCCAGAAGACGCCGGUGGACACGCCCGGGCUCGCCCAGGCGGCCGUGAUGGCGGCGGGGUCGAACGCGACGGAGACGGCGGCGCACCUGCAACGGCUCUUCGACUCCGAAGACCUCAAGAACAUGAGCCCGGAGCUCCAGCGCUGCGUCGAGGACUGCGCCGAGAGGUACCAGUCGGCCGCGAAGUUCCUGGGCCAAGCAUCGGAGAAGAUGACCGCGGGCUCCUUCGACGAGGCGAGCGUGCUGAUCGACGGCGCGCAGUCGGUGGUGACGCUGUGCCAGCGGUCGUGCGAGGGGGUGCCGCAGGGGGAGCUCACGGCGUGCACCAAAGGCGUCGUCGACCAACUCUGCACCAUUGCCGCAUCAGUCACUCGGUUGGUCGUUCAGAAGUAA